UAUAGUGAAUGCAAGGUCCGGGGAGACCAGAUAUAGUGAAUGCAGGGUCCGGGGAGACCAGACAUAGUGAAUGCAGGGUCCGGGGAGAUCAGAUAUAGUGAAUGCAGGGUCCGGGGAGACCAGAUAUAGUGAAUGUAGGGGUCCGGGGAGAUCAGAUAUAGUGAGUGCAGGGUCCGGGGAGACCAGAUAUAGUGAAUGCAGGGUCCGGGGAGAUCAGAUAUAGUGAAUGCAGGGUCCGGGGAGAUCAGAUAUAGUGAAUGCAGGGUCUGGGGAGACCAGAUAUAGUGAGUGCAGGGUCCGG